AUGGAAACAACCAUGUCCAACAAAUUCUCCACGGCUGAGACAGGCAUCUUAUGGGACAUCGAAGACUGCCCGAUCCCUAAUGGUCUCUGUCCUGGUUCGAUACGUAAGAAUAUCAAAUUAGCUCUUGAGAAUAUGGGUUAUCAUGGUGAAAUAUCAUCAAUCACUGUUUAUUAUGAUACGAAUCUAAACCCUGACGACUUCGAAUCCGUUGGAAUCAAGCUCGUACGCACAUCAGCCAUAGAUAGAUUUGAGAGAGGUUCAACGAUUUUUGGGGACAUUUAUGGUUGGCGCCGGUCACACAAGACAUCAAAUCUGAUGGUAAUUUUACGAGACUACGAUGAUUACGUUGUCGAUUCUAUUUGCUCUACGGAUUCAUCAGAAGUCAAUAUUCUCUUAGGCUUGGCACAUCCUGAAAAGGCACCAGAAGAACUACUUGGUAAGGCAAGUUCGGUAUGGCUUUGGACAAGCCUGUUAGGUGGAGGAAGCCCUAUCGUUAAUGACCAAAGCGGAAGAAACUCACAACAACGUCUUCACGACAAUACUUCUGCUUGUGGCGAAAGCUCACAAAGUGUUGUUACGCCGUCUCCAACUUGUGUGCGUAGCGGAAAGUCACUACGUGUUGCUAAUAAGCAGACGAAACAUUGGACGAAACGCUGGUGGUUACCACAAGUCGGACGAAACGUUGGACGAAACGCUGAUGCAAAACGAAAAAAAAAAACAAGAAUAAAAGGAUAA